CCCAAUUUCGUCUGAAUUGAGAUCAAUAUACAGGUGCCGACCCCCUCGGGUGACCGACUGAAACAGUGAAAAUGUGAAACCAUACAUCCGAUCACCAUUUUACAUACCACGACAAUACGAGCUCGAGAUAUAGCGUCCAGCGCAUCAUCUUAUCCCCCUGCAAUGGUUGUUGGCAAGAUGGAAAACCCACCGGAAGAAAACCGGUGCGGUGCACCAAAACGCCGUUCACCGGAGAAACUCCGUGGGCCCCGGCCCCGCUUAUAAGAGAGACGCACCCUCUGCUUCCCCGCGUCUCUAGAGCCGAGCCAACGAACGAACGCCGCAACUCCCUCCCUCUCUCCCUAAAAAAACUCCCUCUCCCUCCGAAACCGCGAGCGCCAGCGGGAUCCACCGCAACCGAACGGACGGACGGACGGACGGCGCGGAGGGAUCGACCGGUCGGCGCACACAUGGGCAUGCCCGGCGACGACUCGCGCUGCCGGAAGCACCCGCCAGCGCCCUGCGGCGGCGUGUGCCCGCACUGCCUCUGCGACCGCCUCCUCCGCCUCUGCCCAGACUGCGCGCGGACGCGCCCCUGCCCCUGCGCCUCCCCCUCCUCCCCCUCAUCCUCGGCGUCCUCCGCCUCCGUUGGCCGGGUCUGCAGCCUCAUCGAGCGGGAGCGCCGGAUCGGGCGCUCGCGGUCCGUGGCCGGCGGCGCCGGCGCCGACGAGCGGCGCCGGUCCAGGGUCUGGGGCUGGGCCUCGUUCCGGAAGCCGGCGGCCGGCAGGAGCAUGGAGUUGGAGAGCGAGGAGGAGCGCCGCGCCGCCGAGGACGCGGCGGCAUUGGAGCGGUCGAGCUCCGCCUCCGCGGAGAAGCUGGCGCCCAAAACGGGCGGGUGGGGGCGGUUCCUUCCCGGCCCGAUCAAGGCGCUGCGCCACCGCAAGUCGCGCGCUUCAGCCGGCGCCAGCGCCCGAGGCGAUCGCCGGGAGGGCGUGAGGUGAGAUCGCCGGCCGGCGCGCGGCUAGGUUGUCUUCUUUCCGUGCCUGUUGUGAUGAUCCAUGGAUCUCGUUGGUUGGUGAUCCUGUAACCCUGAGUCGUCCCGGCCCCUUCGGGUCUCGCCCGUGAUUAUACAUAAUAAAGUUGUGCAUAGAAUGUGUUAGCUGAUCCAA